AUGUUCGAGGCAGAACAUCACAAGCGAGUCAUCCGCGAAAGGCAUGGUCGCGAGGUGCGUCGACGUCAACGCCGGCUAGAUAUCGCAGUCAACAACGUCGGCAAAGGAACAUGGAACAUGAAAACAGCUGAGGCUACCGUUGAAGAGUUCGAAAGCAUUUGCGCCGUCAAUUUGUAUAGAGGUGAACACAGGGUGAACACAGUGUCUCCUGGACCUACCUGGACACCAAUGAUCAAAAUCUCGGGCAUCCCCCAGGAGGACAAAGACGCAGGCACUGGUCUCUCGCUCAUGCACCGAAGGUAUGAUAUAGCUGAGAUUGCCUCGGCGGUAUUGUUCCUAGCCGGCACCGGUGCCCCGGGAAUAACAAAGCUGGAUCUCUGGGUGGACGGAGGAGCUCAUCUGAACGGCACUCUGCACUGA